CAAUCCAGGCUGAGGGUUUAUGAUCCAGCCAAGCCUCAUACACACAGCACUCGCCUCUGCACUGGCCAUAGCAACAUCCGCAUCACUAGCCCUAUCCGGAUACAACAUCUGAACAUGCCUGCAGAUAGUAUGGAGAAGCCGACAGCCUCCCCCAUUGCAGGGGCACCAGCCAACUCAGCGCAGACUCCGGAUAAACCCAAGAGUGCCAGCGAGCACAGAAAGUCGUCCAAACCCAUCAUGGAAAAGCGCAGGAGAGCGCGAAUCAACGAGAGCCUGGGGCAGCUCAAGACCCUCAUCCUGGAUGCGCUAAAAAAAGAUAGCUCCAGACACUCUAAACUGGAAAAGGCUGAUAUCCUGGAAAUGACAGUCAAGCACCUACGGAACCUGCAGCGAGUGCAAAUGACAGCCGCUCUAACAGCCGACCCCUCAGUUCUGGGAAAGUACAGAGCCGGAUUUAACGAGUGCAUGAACGAAGUCACCCGAUUCCUCUCUACCUGCGAGGGCGUCAACACCGAAGUGAGGACCAGGCUUCUCGGUCACCUGUCCAGCUGCCUGGGACAGAUCGUAGCCAUGAAUUACCAGCAACCCCCCUCCAGCCAACAACCAGUGCAUGUGCAGCUCCCUUCCAGCACCCCCGUGCCCAUGCCUUGUAAGGUGAACCCAGCAGAGGCCAUCUCCCCCAAAGUAUUCCAGGGAGGCUUCCAGCUAGUGCCAGCUACUGACGGCCAGUUUGCUUUCCUCAUUCCCAACCCAGCUUAUACCUCCAGCCCCGGACCUGUUAUCCCUCUAUAUGCCAACGCGACAUCCCCCGGCGGCCCCCCGAGCCAGUCUCCAGUGCAGGGACUCACCAGCUUCGCCCACAAGAUGCCUCACAUGGCGCAAGCCGUCAGCCCUCUAGGGGGCAGCACCAGAGCAGACAGCGCUGAGUCCGUGUGGCGACCAUGGUGAUAACGCGAUCAGCCGACUGUGUAUAUGUUGGUUCCGUUCUAUGGGACCCUGCCUUAAAGACAAUCCGCACAAAAAAACUAUUUAUUUCCAAAUAUGGGGAUUUCGCUUUUUUAUUCUUUAAUAAAAAAAACAAACUUGUGUAGAUGACCCAUUUUUGUAACAAAGCUCUUUUGCUGAGAUUUCUUUUUUUUUUUUUUUUUUUUUUUUUUAGUUUUGUACAAUUGCGUACAGAAAAAUGUGUAAUGCCAAAGUUAUUGUGUUGGUUUUUGUGUCAAAAACUUUCCGAACAUGCAGGAGUUUUAUUUAAUAAACUCUUUUUCAUUUGAA